ACUAAUUUUUGCAAUAAUGGAGAAAACCUUCACAUUUUUUCUUGCAACACUUUUCUUGCUUCUGGCUAGUUCAGUCAUGACCCAAACCAACAUUACUACAGAUUAAUUAGCUCUUCUGUCUUUAAAAUUCCAAAUCAUUUCCGACCCCUUUCACUUUUUGGAUGAAAGUUGGUCUCCCACUACGUCCGUUUGUCAUUGGUUUGGAGUCACUUGUGGCUCUCGUCGCCAACGAGUGAAGGCCUUGAAUCUUUCUAACAUGGCUCUUACAGGCAAGAUUCCCCGUGAAUUUUGAAACCUCUCAUUUCUUGUUUCUCUCGACUUGCGAAGCAACAAUUUCCAUGGAAAUUUGCCUCAAGAAAUGGCACGUUUGCGUCGGCUUAAGUUUCUUAGAUUAAGUGUCAACAAUUUCAGCGGAAAGGUUCCUUCUUUGUUUGGUUUUUUACACCAACUUCAAUUUCUAAGUCUUAGGAAUAAAAGUUUCACUGAUUACAUCGUUUCUUCAUUUUCUAAUAUGUCUAUGCUUGAGAUUUUAUAUCUAGAUUUCAAUUCCAUAGAGAGCCAACUACCAAAAGUGAUUGGAAACCUUAUAAACCUUAGAGAACUAAGCUUUUAUGGAAACAAUCUCAUAGGCUCUAUUCCUCCAUCAAUCUCGAAUGCCUCAAGGUUGGAGACUUUGGAGAUAUCUGAUAAUUCACUUCAAGGAAACAAUCCAGAAGGAAUCGGCAAUCUUCACAACAUGAAAGUGCUAUCCAUACAAGCUAAUCAACUUACGGGUUCUAUACCAUUUACAAUUUUCAAUAUCUCAAGAAUCGAAGUCAUUGCAUUUGCAGGCAAUAGCUUAUCAGGAAGUCUUCCCAAUGGUUUAUGCAAUGGUCUCCCAAUACUCAAAGGGCUUUAUUUAUCGAGAAACAAGUUUCAUGGUCAUAUUCCUGCAAGCUUAUCAAAUUGUUCACAACUUCAAAUAUUGUCUUCAUCAUAUAAUGAUUUAACAGGUAUGUUUUUAUCUUAUGAGUGUUUAUAUCUAAUUGCUUCAGAAUUUUAUUUUAUUACACAGUAAUUGCAGGGAUAAUUUCAGUUAUUGAAUAAUUGAGGUAUCUAAGUUUGGUGAUAUUAUGCAUGGCUCUAUUCAAAUAUGUUUAUCUCCUAUACGUAUCUUUUCUCUUUUUUCUUUUAAUACUUUUGUAUCACCAACAACAUGAAAGUUAAAAUCUUAGUGGAUUCUUACCACAGGAGAUUGACAACUUAAACAAGACUCAAUUCUUAUAUCUUAACAAAAAUAGAUUGAACCAACUCACUAGUAAUCCACUAUAUGAGUUUCCAGGUGAAAUACCCAAAGAGAUAAGCAAUCUCAUUGAAUUGGAGGUAAUUAUUCUUGAGAAUAAUAGAUUCAGUGGUCCACUUCCAAUGGAGAUCUUCAACAUAUCAGGACUGAGAAAAAUUGAUCUUUCAUUCAACAAUCUAUCAGGAAGCCUCCCACCAAACAUGUGUUCUAUCUUCCUUAACCAAUCUUGUUGGGACUAUUCCUAAUUCCAUCUCAAAUUGUUCAAAACUUACUGAUCUAGAGCUUACUCACAACCAACUCACUGUCUUGAUUCCAAAUUCUAUUGGAUAUUCGACUCAUCUACAGUAUCUAAAUUUAGCGGGAAACAAUUUAACCAACGACUCAUCAUUAAGUUUCCUGACUUCCUUAACCAAUAGCACAAAUUUAACAGUUCUUGAUAUAUCUUUAAACCCUCUAAACAGCAUGCUUCCAGUCUCUGUAGGGAACUUUUCUACGUCUCUUAUAAAAUUUUACACCAGUGGUUGCAAGAUCAAAGGCUGAAUUCCUAAUGAUUUUGGGAACUUAAGCAGCGAAUUAUUCCUUGAUCUUACUGGAAAUAAUUUGGUUGGAUUGAUUCCCACAUCAAUUGGAAACAUGAGAAAGCUUCAGUGCUUUGAUUUAACUAACAACAAAUUAACAGGAUUUAUUGGAGAUCAUAUAUGUAAUUUGCAGCAUUUGGGUGAUAUUUACUUGGGUCAAAAUCAACUUUCAGGAUCUCUUCCUUAUUGUUUAGGGAAUAUUACUUCCCUUAGGGAGAUACAUCUCAGUUCCAACAAAUUGAGUUCCAAUAUACCACCAAGCUUAGGGAACCUUCACAAUCUGGUGGUUCUUGACUUAUCCUCAAACAACAUGGUGGGUUCUUUACCUCCAGAAAUUGGAAAUCUAAAGGCUACCACACUGAUAGAUCUGUCAAUGAAUCAAUUCUCAAAUGAAAUUCCUAGAGAAAUUGGAGGCUUGCAAAAUCUGGCAAACCUUUCUUUGAGACAAAACAAGUUACAAGGAGCUAUACCUGACUCAAUGAGCAACAUAAUAGGUUUGGAAUUCCUAGACCUUUCUCACAAUAAUAUAUCUGGAAUUAUUCCUAAGUCUUUGGAGAAACUUCAAACUUGAAGUAUUUCAAUAUUUCUGUCAACAAAUUGUAUGGUGAAAUACCCUUGGGGGGGUCCUUUCAAAAACCUCUCGAGUCAGUUUUUCAUCUACAAUGAAGCAUUGUGUGGUUCUUCAAGAUUUAGUGUCCCGCCAGGCCACACUUCAUCAAAGCACAGAUCAAAUAGGAAAAAAUUGCUAGUUCUUUCUCUUUUGCUUGUAAUUGCAAUUGUAUUUGUUCCUAUGACCUUUAUGCUCCUAUGGAUAAGGUAUAUAAGAGGUAAGAGAGCUCCUCCACAAGCUGAGUCAUUGUCUACUGUAACAAGAGAAAGAAUUUCAUACAAUGAAUUGCUCCAAGCAACUGAUGGGCUUAGCGAGAGUAAUCUGAUUGGUUCUGGAAGUUUUGGCGCUGUUUACAAAGGUGUUUUCAGAAGUGGAACUGCCAUUGCAGUUAAAGUGUUCAACCUGCAACUGGAUGUGGCAUUCAAGAGUUUUGAUACGGAAUGUGAAGUUUUGUGCAGCCUUCGCCAUAGGAAUCUCGUAAAAAUCAUUACUAGUUGUUCCAAUCCUGAUUUCAAGGCUUUAGUUCUCGAGUAUAUCCCUAAUGGAAGUCUUGAGAAGUAUUUGUAUUCGCACAACUACUUCCUUGAUACCAAGCAGAGACUAAGCAUAAUGAUAGAUGUGGCAUGUGCUUUGGAAUAUCUUCACCAUGGAUGCUUGUUGCCUGUGAUUCCCUGUGACGUGAAGCCUAGUAACUUCUUUCUGGAUGAAGAUAUGGUUGCCCACCUCAGCGACUUUGGCAUUUCAAAACUGCUUGGUGAAGAUCAGGAUGAUUUGUACACUAGAACCUUAGCAACAUUGGGGUAUAUUGCGCCAGAGUAUGGACUGGAUGGAAUAGUCUCUACAAAGUGUGACAUCUAUAGUUACGGGAUCAUGUUGCUGGAAACGUUAACCAGGAGAUAGCCUAAUGGGUUUGAGGGUGACCUUAGCUUGAAGCAAUGGGUGAGUUAUUCACUCCCAGAGGCAGUAAUGGACGUCGUAGAUGUCAACUUGGUAACACCAAUGGGUAAUCGCCUACAGAAGGAGCUAGAUGUUGUGGCUUCGAUCAUGAAAGUAGCAUCAGAUUGUUGCGCUGAAUCUCCGACAAGAAGGACAAACAUGAAAGAUGUUGUAGGGAUGCUGCAGAAGAUCAAGAUUCAACUCCUUGCAUGUUGAGAAUGUUUUUGGAAUCUGUUGUUCCGAUCACAUGAUUGUUGUGCAUGAUUCUGUUUUCAGAACUGCUAGAUGGUUGCAAUAACCCUCACUGUUUCCUCUUAAUAUUAUUGUUUGAAAGGUGUUAAUUCCUCUUAAUAUUAUUCAAAUUUAUUGCUUUCAGGUAUGCUAGAUGGUUACAAUAAAUCUCACUGUUUGACUGUACAAAGGGCACAAAAUCAUAGAACUAUAACAUAUUCAUGAGGAAA